CAUCUUGAUGCCAUCACGUGUCGCUCUCAUCGGCUUCCUCAUUCUACUCUCCCUUGCCCAACAAUGUCUUCAGCUCCGAGCUUCUUCAAGGGUGCAUCUCAUAUGCAAUUUUAUGGGGGCCAGUCAUUCACCAAUGCAAAUAACAUCAUCAACAAUUUCAACAGCUAUUCAGCACGUGCGGAAUUCGAACCCGGACCGUCAAGUUCUCAUAGAGACGACGACAAAUGGCUGACGUUGCAUGGCGGACAACGGCUCAGACGAAUAGACAUGUGCGAUGUACUCAUCCUGCGCGAAGUGUCCUCAGAGACACUCUGUGUGUCGGUCAAACUGAAGUCCACGAACCCAUUUCGAAACAGGAUGGGAGGAGUUGGAGUUGUAAAAUUUCGGAAAAGGGUUCAAAACGCGGAAAUCGUUGAGUUUGGAGAUCGACGAUUUUCAGUCGUGUCACUUGAACCCGAGGACGAUGGAGAUGUCGAGAAGAUACGUAUGGUAUUAGAGCCACUUUACGCAACUGCUCUCUCUCAACGUCGAGUAUGGCUUACACAGCUCUUCGGAGUGGGUCGGUCAAUGACACCGACACUGAUAUACCACGAUGAGGUCGUCGAUGUGAACACUAUUGCAAGGCAAUAUAUGAAAGUACCAAUUGUAUGGAUGUACCUUGCCUACAAACUAUGGAAUUCCGUUUUGGAUGUGCAAAAUGAUGGAACUCUGCAGAAGUUGUCAAUUCAACUUGUGACCGAAAACUGGAUGUUCAAUCUGAGGACUGGUUCAUUCCAGUGCGACGUCAUAAACUCAGCACUCUCCGGCGAAGACGAUUCUCGACGUUUUUUUGAAUGGCUACCCCCACUUCCACGUGGUUGCAAUCCACCGCUCAAUUCCAACGAGAUCAUCCGUGCUCUUCCAGACUUCUUACAGAUGGUUUCAUCAUAUGGAGGACAACGUAGAAUAGCCUUAUUCCACCAUGAUGCCCUAACAUUUGGCGCUGUUGUUGAUCGCAGAGAACCCGGAAUCCUUACUUACUUUCCUUCCAUCCCAUCUCCUGUGUGGUCCUGCGAACCUUCUGUUGGUACUACCGGCAUCGUUGCAAACUAUUCGGAAUCGGGUACCAAUCCCUUUCUCAGAGUCUUUCUCAAUCCUAAUCAUUUUACAGUCCCUUCCCUCGUUGAUCUCACUUUCGAGAAGAAUGAUAAUGAAUGGGAAAUAGCUAUUCGGUUCUCAUUACGACUACCAGAAGAUCAGCGAUUCCGAGCUGCCUACCUCGCACAGUCACUCCCUUUAUACAAAGAUUAUUGCCUUGAUUCCGAUGAAUUAGUCUUUGUUAAUAGCCUUGACUUCCGACUCACGGGGACCUUCAGGUCUGAUCCGUCAAGUUGCAAUCCACCAAAAUACCUACAUGUCCCGCCUCUUUCCCCCGAAUGGAUCGACAACAUGCCCUGCCUUCGUUGGCGGUCAAACACCCGAUUGUUUUACUGGUCCUUUGACCGUGGUGGAAGGAUGGAAAUUGAAAAAGAUGACUGGAAGAAGUAUGGAAUUCCAACCCUGGAAGUAGACACAUUUAUUGGGUCAGCAUGGGAAGGGUGGGAGUAUAGGGCAGUCGAGGAGUAUCUUCAUCUUAAGAAGUAUGACUUGGGUGGUCAACAGUUUGCCAAUGAUCAUGGCUAUCCAAUUCUGAUUAAAGGGAACCCUCACAUGCAAAUGAAAACAAUAAUUUGAGGAGUGAUAUCACGCCUAAGAGAGACGUGUGCAAGUCAAUUACCGGUCAGGAAGUCAUCAUCACUCGUUCCGUCUUGCCUCUUUAUUUUUCCCUUCUCUCAUUUGUCGACUCGUUACUCAGGGCCAGUCAUAGUAUAUGAAUCCUAAGUUAUGAAUUUCUAGUAAACGAAAGGCCUG